UGAUUUCUUUCUCUUGGUCAAGCGAUCGCUGAAACGCCCCUUCUCCUUUGAAGGCAAUCCCUAAUUUGGUUACGAUGGCGGUUGUUCGAUUCUCUAUUGCUGAUGUUGUUGCAGGAGCUCACAGAGGUGGGUUGACUUUGAUUGGGUGCAACUGGGGCCCUCCGUCGCCACUACAUUCACUCAAAGCAACGAUGAUGCGACUAUGGCGCUGCGUCGGUGAAGUGGUGGUUGGGCCAUUUGAUUGGGGCCUUAUCUAGUUUGUCUUCUCAACGGACGCGGAAAUUCGUAGGGUGGAGAAAGGUAACCCCUGGAUUCUUCCAAAAUGCUUGCUCAACCUCUCCUCCUGGGCGAACCCGACACAGGAACUUGCAGACUCGCUCUGAUGCUGGUUCAGAUGUGAUGAGUCCCAUAUGCCUUGGGUCGUUGCUGGCAUCUUCUCUGGGUCCCUCUGAGUCGGUCACGAUCCACCAGUCCGAGGUGUCGGUUGGCAUCUUCCUGCAAGCGAGGGUGAUGCUAGACCUGACUUUGCCUCUACUGGAUGAAACCACUGCUUCCCAUGCGGACUCCAACAAAGGAAAAUUCAAGGUGUUGUUCAAGUUUAAGGGGCUUCCCUAGUUCUGCUUCUACUGUGGAGUGAUUGGACAUAUCGGCCAACUCUUCCCGCAGAAGUCUGAACUAGCACCGCCCAGGUAUGGGAAGCACAUGGUCAGUGGCGAAUAGGGGCCGCGUGUGAAUGAACACACGUUGGCUCGCAGGAAGAUGUUGUCUUCGUGGCAUCGCGUUGUGGUAGGGAAAUUGGGAGGCUCCACCUCCAAGUCGGGUGCUCUAGUCGUCAAUGCGCGGAUGCAGACUCUCUCCAUUCAUGGAAGGACGCCUUCUGCAGGUCCUGCGGAUCUCUUGGCUCAAGGUGGUCCAGGACAAAGACGGAAAGAUGCCUCUCGUGAGGAGGGCGAGCUUCCAUUACCAGAGGAGCUAGCAUCAAAGCGCAUCCGUGAGGCGGGGACAGAUUCAAGAAAUGUCGUGGAAGGUAGUGCUAGGGUGGAGGAAACCAGCCCCAACUGGCCUAGCCGGAUAUAUGAGUUUCUUAGGCUAGAACUGUCGCAGGCUGGGCUCCCUCCUGACUGUUCCGUCUCUUCGGGAGGUCAUUAGACGCUUUUUACCAUUCCUCAUGUUCAUGAGCGAAAUUAAGCGUGCUAUGAUUUUGGUGAUGACCAAGUCCGUAGCUUAGGAUUUCUAGAAGUUUGAGAGUUUAAUGGCUUUAACAAGGGAAACGGAUUAGCCGUUGUGUGGUCAUAUUUAGGGCUCGUUUGCUUGUUGGAUUUGAAAAUGAGGGUUUUGAGUUUUCAAAACCUUUGGAUUUAUGAUGGAUUUGUUGCAUUUUGGAUUUGGAAGAGUACAUUGUUUGUGUAGUUUAUUUUUGUCAUAGAUUCAUGAUGGAUUUGUUCACAUUUUGCCUUCCAUUAUCAAAUCCCAAAUGAAAUGUGGGAUUUGCAAAUCCGUGGGGUCCACAGAUUUGGAUCUAAAAAAUGGGUCCAAAUCCGUGGGCCCCACGGAUUUGUGUCCCUUAGCAAACAAUGGACUUGUGCCAAUUCCAUUAUGCUUGGGAUUUGGGUACCAAAUCCAUCACCCAAAUCCCACAAGUAAACGAUACCUUAAUGUCUUGUACAGUUUUAGCUUAUUCUACUUCCUACCUUUGUGUUGAAUGUCAACAUCCUUCUCCUCGGAGGUUUGCAGUAGUCUUUGUCCGUUGAAGUUGUGAUGUAGGAGCCCGCCAAUUGCAAUUCAAUGAAUUAGCUUCUUUUGUUUUGUUAUGUGUGUUGCCUCUAUUUGUGGUAGGGGACUUCAAUUGCAUCUUGUCAAUGAAAGAAAAGGUUGGUGGGCGACCUCUUGCCACGACAACUUUGGACCAGCUUUGAACCUUCCUGCACAAUACUAACAUGAUGGACUUGGGCUUUGUUGGCUCGGCCUUCAUGUGGUCUAAUCGCCAAUCAGGUACACAGCACAUACUCGAGCGACUCGACAGAUGCUUGGUUAAUCCAUUGGUUCUCUCUUCUUGGCCUGAUGUGCAGGUUCACAACUUAACAGACUUAGGUUCAGAUCAUAGAAUGCUCUUGAUCCGCUUUUUCAAAUCUUCAAUGAACCGAGGAUAGCGUUUUCAGUAUGAUCAGAGAUGGGAUACUAACCUGGAAGCUUCGGAUGUCUUCCAGACAGCUUGGAAGAGAGAUGUUCGUGGAACAACUUAGUUUAGAAUCCAAUCCCAAUUAAAGAGCUUGCGUCAUGGCUUAGUGGAUUGGGCGCGUAAAGGGACAUCGAACUCUGCCCGAAAGAUCCAUGUACUUAAACAGACUAUUGAUGUUGCUUGGAAGGAACCACAAGUUGAUUGGGAGUGCAUUAGGAACUUGAAAACCAACUGGGAAUUGCCUACAAAGAAGAAGAGGUUUAUUGGAAGCAAAAGUCCCUAGUAGGUUGGCUGCGCACUGGGGAUUCCAACACUCACUGUUUCCACUUGGCAAAGAAGCAGCGUCGGUUGACCAAAUACAUCCUACUCCUGCAAGAUGAACAAGGCCAGGUGCACAGUAAUGAGGAGGACAAAGCUUCAGUGGUUGUAUCCUUUUACAAAACAUUAUUUACCUCAAAUGGAAUUGACCCUAGUGAUUUUGGUAGAAGUUUGGGGCUGUCUAGAGUGGUGAAUGAUGCUUGAAUGAAGAUUUGAUUACACAGGUCACUCCGGCCGAGAUUCGUAAGGCUGUUUUCAGCAUCGGGAAGAAUUAAGGUUCUGGCUCUGAUGGUUUCACGAUGGCCUUAUUUCAACGAUACUGGUCUGAAGUGGAACAGGAUGUUAGUGCGGUUGUCUUAUCAUUCUUUUCUUCGGGUAGGCUACUUCACAGCAUUAACCAUACCUGGUUAGCCCUCAUACCAAAGGUGACAAAUGCGGAGACCAUGUGACAAAUGCGCCCCAUCAGUCUAUGCCAGGUUCUUUACAAGAUUAUUGUGAAAAUCUUGGCUUCUUGACUAAGCCUCAUUCUGCCGGUUAUUGUUAGCCCAUAUCAAAAUGGGCUCAUUAAAGGUCAUUCUACCUU